UUUUCGUUCUUCAUUAAUCUUGCCUCUUGCUCCAAUUUCUUACUGUUUUGUGCUUAUAUAUAUGUUUUCGUAUGUGAGCGGAGUUUUUUGGUUCUAUGGAGGAUUUGAAAUUUUGAAACCCUGAUUGUAUUGAGCCCCUUGCUUAUAUACUUACAUUAUGUUGUGGAAAAAGAUGGUAGGGCUAUCUGUUGGAGAAAGGAACUUUAUUAAGGGUGGUAUUGCCCAGGAUCUGCGUAAUGAUGGUAGAAAACGGCUAACUUAUCGGCCAAUUUAUGUGGAAACAGGUGUUAUUCCUCAGGCAAAUGGAUCUGCGAAAGUCAAGUUGGGUGCAACUGAUGUUAUUGCCAGUGUGAAGGCGGAACUUGGAAAACCAAGUUUGUCUCAUCCUGAUCAAGGAAAGGUUUUUAUUUACGUAGAGUGCAGUCCUACAGCAGAGCCAUCAUUUGAGGGCAGAGGGGGUGAGGAAUUGUCCACAGAGCUCUCGACUGCACUUGAGCGGAGUCUCUUGGGUGGUAAAAGUGGAGCAGGGGCUGGAAUUGAUCCGGCGUCUCUCUUGAUCAAAGAAGGAAAAGUAUGCUGGGAUCUGUAUGUCGACUGCCUUGUCAUUAGCUCGGACGGAAAUCUGCUGGAUGCUCUAGGUGCUGCAAUCAAGGCAGCACUGAGCAAUACAGGUAUUCCGAGAGUUCAGUUUCGAGAAGCUGCUUCAACAGACGAGCACGCAGAUGUGGAUGUUAGUGAUGAAGAAUUUUUGCAAUUCGACACCAGUGGAGUACCUGUCAUAGUUACUUUGACAAAGGUUGGAAGGCACUACAUUGUCGAUGCAACUUCAGAGGAGGAAUCGCUAAUGAGCUCAGCUGUUUCUAUUUCUGUUAAUAGACGUGGACUAAUAUGCGGAUUGACUAAACGAGGAGGUGCAGGGUUGGACCCUAGCGUCAUACUUGACAUGAUAUCUGUUGCGAAACAUGUAAGUGAGCAGCUAAUAAACAAACUUGAUUCGGAGAUAGAAGCAGCCGAAAGAGCAAAUGAAGAGGAACCAUGACAUAGCUCAAGGAUUACCUAUAUAUAGUUGUUCUUAGUGAUCAUUUUGUAAGAGUUCAGAUCGAGGGUCGAUUGUUUUGUUAAUCAAUCGUUGAUGAUUAUCUUCACUGUUAAAGUUUUGUUGAAUGAUGUUGAUUCUUGUCUAUACUGUUCGUUUUAAAACAAUCUUUUGAUUU